AUGGCAGAUCCUUGUGUGCAGGAGACCAUUACCACUCCUUAUGUUGCACCAGAUGUUGCUGGAUUUCACUUCGCCGAGACCUUCGAUGCCGAUGUGUGGUCUAGGUGGAAGCAUUCGGCGGCUGAGAAGUACAAUGGAAAGUUCGAAGUGACCACGCGGACCCCGGAGGCGCUGGUCGGCGAUGUCGCACUGCAGGUGCCAGAGGCAGCGCGCCAUUACGGUGCUGUGAAGUUUGCACCCAUUGCCGUCAAGGAGCAAGGCUCCUUCGCCUUGCAGCUCCUUGGGAGAGGCUACAUUAUCAUGUUUGGCCCCGACAAGUGUGGCGCCACCAACAAGGUGCACUUUAUUUUCCAGCACAAGAACCCUGUGAGUGGAAAAUGGGAGGAAAAACAUUUGCAGACACCUCCUGGUGUUCCGAUGGACCGCCGCUCUCAUUUGUACGGCUUGUUUAUCCGCUCCGACAACAGUUUCGAAGUCCAUGUCGAUGGUGAGAAGAAAGCAAGCGGCUCUCUCCUGAAGGACAUGCAGCCGCCAGUCAACCCACCGAAGGAAAUUGAUGACCCGUCAGACCAGAAACCAUCGGACUGGAUUGACGAUGCCAAGAUGGAUGAUCCAGAUGCGUCCAAGCCAGAUGAUUGGGAUGAAGAUGCUCCUUUUCAGAUACCAGAUCCAUCAGCCUCCAUGCCCUCAGGGUGGUUGGAAGACGAGCUUCCCAAGAUCCCUGAUCCCAAGUCGCAAAGGCCUGGGGACUGGGAUGAUGAGGAGGAUGGUGAAUGGGAAGCCCCGAUUAUUGACAAUCCCAAGUGUUCUGUGGGUUGCGGCAAGUGGGAGGCUCCCAAAAUCAGCAACCCCAACUACAAGGGCAAAUGGUACGCACCGAAAAUUGACAACCCAGCCUACGUUGGUGAGUGGAAGCCGAGGCAGAUCGACAAUCCCGAAUACUUUGUCGAUGAGAGCCCGUACAUGCUGCCAGCUAUAGACUCCGUUGGCAUUGAUAUUUGGACGAUGGACAAGGGCAUCAUGUUUGACAACAUUGUCAUCGAUUCCAGCCCUGAGAAGGUCAUGGCAUUUGGCCAGGCGACAUUCAAGGUGCGGAGUGAGAUCGAGGCAAAGCAGGCCCUGCGGGCCGCCAGCCUGUCGUUUAUUUCUCAGCGCAUCAUGUUCAGCACGAAGACCGCUCAGGUUCUCGACAACCCAGUUCCCGUCUUGAUUACCCUUGUGGUGUCGUGCUAA